AUGGAGCUACCCAAGGGGCCGCUGAUCCCAGAGGGCUAUCUUCCUGGCAGGCUGUGCCGGUACAACAGACUUAAAACCAGCAUAACCGGUAAAGAUGUUGCCGGCACAGGGUUUUGUAUGGUUCGGUGGAAGAAAGGCAAGACGAAGUUCUAUGAAGGCUCCAUUUAUCUACAAGUGUCAGCCUCGAAUCAAUUCAGCAUCCCCGUCCAAUGCGUACCACCGUGGCCCAAUCAAGGGCAGGAAGUCACCCUGACCCUGCAAGGAAUCCCCCGGGAGUUAGAGUCUUGUGAGUGGUUCAAAGCGGGACCUUCCGGGAACUUGCAGCCCAUUGAUUGGUACAGUCCGGGAGAACAGCAGCAGGAUAAUCACACUAUAAGCAAUAAGAGGGUCACCGUGGGUCGGGAUUGCUCUUUGCGCAUCACAAAACUCACCACGGCCGACUCCGGCAAUUACACUGUGAAGAUGGAGGUGUUUGAGGAUCGUCAGCAGCACCAGCCGGUCAAUGGGACCGAGCCCCAAGGUCCUGGAGAGAUCCGGGAACACUGGGGCCAAGUCAAACUACAGGUCAACCAAGGCUCUGGUACGUAUCCGGUCCCUUCUGGGGCACACAAUGAGGGUUGCCAAUUCCGUGUUGGGAAGUAG